UUGGCUUCACAAGUGGCUGUGCACGAAUGUCCCAGGUUCCGUGAAGGCCGCGCGCCCGAGCAACACGCCAGUCAUGUGACGUUGCGAUCAUGUGGUGCAUUCACUUCCUUCCGAGCGAUUCUCUUCUUCUCGUCGCGCGCUGGUCAUGUCGUCCUGCUGAACCGUCAGCCUGCUCAAGCAUGAUUUUACCGAAGCACGGCCGGCGUGGUUCGCCUCUCGGGCGGCUGCUUUGCUUGGUGGCUUGUGCGGGAUGUUUGCUGUUCCGCUCCGGAGCGACGGCGACGGCGACGACGACGACGGCGGCGGUGGUGAAGGAGAAAGAGGCAAGUCUGUGGUACCAAGACCUCUGCAGCUACAAAUGGGAGGCCAUCGACCUGGAUAAUAAAAUAAGCUACACGCUCAAGCUGUGUGAUUCGUCCCCGUCCACUCCCUGCGGCGAAAACACCGCUGUCUGCGCCCGCAACCUGACCGGCGAUAUUUACCAAUCCGUCGGUGAGCUGUCCCUGCGGAGGCUGUCCGGAACCGUCCUGGAUUACAACAGCACCGUUAAAUGUGCGGGAAAUGACAACUACAUCCAGACGACCGUCGGCUUCCAGUGUGGCAAAACCAUGGGUACGCCGGAGUUUGUGGCCGUGUCCCAGUGCGUGCAUUACUUUGAGUGGAGGACCUACGUGGCCUGCAGCAGCGACAAGUUCAAACCGCACAAAGAGGUGCCCUGCUUCGCCUUUGACUCCGACAGUAAGAAGCACGACCUCAGCCCGCUGAUCAAAGUCAGCGACGGCUACCUGGUGGACGAUGGCGACGACGACGUCGACUUCUACGUCAACAUUUGCCGCAGUCUCAGUGGCAGAGAAACGCGUUGUCCGGAAGGUUCUGCCGCCUGCCUGGUCACCAAGAACGUGGGCUACAACAUGGGCUCUCCCGCCAAGCCCUUAGAGCUCCUAUCCAACGACAGACUGAGGCUGCAGUACAGCGUGAGCGCCGACGUGACUCCUCCGGUCUUCUGUAACGGACACUCUCCCGCCGUCACCAUCACCUUCAUCUGUCCGUCGAGCAGACAUUCGAACAGCGCCCCCAAGAUGACGGCGGAGGCCAACUGCCGCUACGAGGUGGAAUGGGCGACGGAGUACGCCUGCCACAGGGAUUAUUUGGAGAGCCACACGUGCAAACUCACCAGCCAGCAGCAUGACAUCGCCGUCGACUUGACGGCGCUCACCUUGAGCUCCGCAGACCAUCCCUACUAUGCCCAUUCCUCAAACAGCGACGGGACGGAAAGCUACAUUUAUUACCUGAACGUGUGCGGAAAAGUGCCCUCGGACGAAUGCAGCAACCUGGGAGACUUUGUUUCUUCCUGCCAGGUGAAGAAGACGGACGACGUCAAGAAGGUGGCCGGGAGAUACCAAAACCAGACGCUGCGUUAUUCAGACGGCGAUCUGACUCUUAUCUACCCCGACGGCGCCCGGUGCUCCACGGGCUUCCAGAGGAUGACCAUCAUCAACUUUGAGUGCAACAGGAAUGCAUCCAAUGGCGGUGUGGGGGCGCCGGCGUUUGUCGGGGAGACGGACUGCACGUACUACUUUAACUGGCAGACCGCGUACGCCUGCGUCAAGGAGAAGGAGGAUCUUCUGUGCCGGGUUACGGAUGGCAGCAAGCAUUAUGACCUUUCGCCCCUCACGCGCUUACCUGGGUCAGAGUUGAACGGGAACUGGGAGGCAGUGGAUGUCGAAUCCCCGGAGUCGGACUUGAAGCGCUUCUACCUUAACGUUUGCCACAAAGUCGUCCAGGCAGGAGGUGCUGCCGGCUGCCCGGAGAACGCCGCCAUUUGUGCCGUAGACAAAGAGCACAAGAUGAUCAACCUGGGCAGCUUCCUGUCUUCCCCACAGAAGACUGAAAAGGGAAAUGACAUCAGACUGGUGUACACUGACGGAGACUUUUGCAGCCACAAAACCACAAAGAUUCAAACUAUCCUGACGCUCAAGUGCAAACCAGGAGAUCUGGAGAGUGCCCCGGUCCUCCGCAGCGUCUCAUCGGAUCGCUGCGUGUACGAGCUGGAGUGGUACACCGCGGCCGCGUGCGUCCUCUCCAAGACGCAAGGGGACAACUGCAAGGUGGAGGACCUGCAGGCUGGCUUCUCUUUCGACUUGUCGCCGCUCACCAAGGCCGACGGCGGCUAUUACAACUUGACCAACGACAAUUACGACUACUACAUCAACGUGUGCGGCCCGGUCAAAGCCGCCACCUGUCCUGAAAAGGCCGGUGCCUGCCAGGUCGAAAAAAGCAGUUGGAGUCUGGGGGAGGCAAACUCGCGGCUGUCUUACUACGACGGCCUGAUCCAGUUGACGUACAACAACGGCUCGCAGUACAACAACGAGCAGCACACGCUGCGGUCCACCUUCAUCUCCUUCCUCUGUGACCCUGAAGCCGGCGCUGGAAAUCCCGAGUUUCAGGUGGAAGACAAAUACACGUAUAACUUCCACUGGUAUACAUCGUACGCAUGUCCCGAAAGGCCUCACGAGUGUUUGGUGACUGAUCCCAACACGCUGGACCAGUAUGACCUGUCCAGCUUGUCUCGCACGCAGUCUGGCGUCAACUGGCAGGCCAUGGACCUGUCCGACACCGCCAACCUGCGAAAGUACUACAUCAACAUAUGUCGGCCCAUCAACGCCGUUACGGGCUGCGAGCGCCACGCGUCCGUCUGCCAGAUGAAGUACACGACCACGCAGGGCUUUCCAAAAGAAGAGGUAUCCGUAAGUAACAUGGGCGUCUCCAAGCGCGGACCCGUCAUCGAGGGCCGCGACCGGCUGCUGCUGGAAUUCACGGACGGCGACCCCUGCGAGUCCGACGGCCUGAAGCUGACGUACGCCACCCGGAUCCACCUGGUGUGCACCAGGGGAACGCUGUCAAUGGGCCCGCGAUUCCUCUUGUACCAGAACUGCACCGCCAACUUCAUAUGGGAGACCAGGGCCGCCUGCGCCAUCACCACGACCAAGAAUGACAGCUGUGCUGUGAUGGAUCCGGACAGCGGCUUGGAGUUCAACCUGCAGCCGCUAGCCUCCGAGGCCGGAUACAAGACCAAAGCCAAUGGAAAGGACUUCCUGGUGAACAUCUGCUCCGAGAUGGCGGAUUGCGGUGCGGGAAUGGCGGGCUGCGAGCUGGAAGACGGGCAUCCCGUAAGCGUGGUGGGCGUGGAGAAGACCCUGCAGUACUCCACGGACGGCCUCCUCAAACUCACAUACAAGGGACCCCGGGACGAUUCCACAGCAACUCGGGACACCUUCACCAUUAACUUCGUGUGCGAUCCAAACGCGCACCCUGGCUCGUUGAAGCUGCUGCGGGAGAACUUGAACACUCUUCCCACCCACGUGGUCCACGACGUCCUCUUUGAGUUCUCCACCGCGCUGGCCUGCGUCCCCGCGCCGGUGGACUGCCGCGUCAUCGAUUCCCACGGCAACGAGUACGACCUGAGUCACCUGGUCCGAGGCGGCGAGGACAGCCCCUGGGUUGCCAUAGAUACGGACGCUGUCAAGUCACGCAGCUUUUACAUCAACGUCUGCAAACCCCUCCCCCCUCUGAAGGACUGUCCCGUGGGUCCUUUGGGUGCGUGCGGCGUAAUUGGUGGUAUCGGUUACAGCCUCGGUCUGGUCCAGGCCAGCCCGCAGGUGGCGGAGGACGGCUCCAUCAGCGUCCUGUACCACAACGGGGACAAGUGUGGCGCCACGUCGCGCUAUUCCACGCGCAUCAUCUUGCUGUGUGACGACAGCCCAGGCUCCCCCAUGUUUGACCGGCAGGACGGUUGCGAGUACGUCUUCAUCUGGCGGACGUCCGUGGCCUGUCCCAUCAGGAAGUCCCAAGGUGACGAGUGCCGCGUCCGCGACCCGAGGAGCGGCUUCGAGUUCAACCUGAGCUCCCUGAAGGGCAAAGAUUACCCAGUGAGGAGCGACAAGUACAUCUACCACCUGUCGGUGUGCGGCGGGCUCCAGAGGGGCGUCUGCACCGACAAAGACACGGGCAGCGACGUCGUCUCCUCGUGCCAGGUGGACGGAAGCAACCACAAGAUAGCAGGAAUGGCAAACCAGCUGCUGAGCUACGUGGGAGAUCAGCUGAUCCUGAACUACACCAACGGAGAGACAUGCCACAGAAUCUCCCAGCGAUCCACAGAGAUCUACUUCUCCUGCCACCCGGAAAUGCACCCUGGAGCACCAGAGUUCAUUAAGGAGACUACGGACUGCACCUACCUGUUCAGCUGGCCCACCGCACUCGCAUGCGUCCCUGUGCAAACCACCAGCUGCUCAUACCAUGAUGGUGCGGGCCACUCGUACGACCUCUCACCCCUGGCCACGGAGGCCCAAAACUGGGAAGUGACGCCUUCGACGGAGGACACCGACAAGCGAUUCUACAUCAACGUCUGCAGGUCACUGGUGCCGCAGGGAGGUUCGUGGAAAUGUCCCUCCGGCAGCGCGUCCUGCGCGAAGGUGGGAGGCGAGUACGUGAGUCUGGGGCAGGUGACGAGCGGCCCCACGUGGGACCGCAGCGUGCUGAAGCUGCAGUACGGCGGCGGCCAGGCCUGUCCCGACGGAGUGCGCAACAGGAGCACCGUCAUUCGCUUCAAGUGUGACAAAGACCGACUUGACUCUCGCCCAACCCUCAUUUCCGCUAUCGAGGACUGUUUGUACACCUUCGUGUGGUUAACAGCUGCCGCCUGCCCGCUGAACAGCAGCCGGCACGACGGCUGCAGAGUCUCCAACCCCGCGACAGGUCAUUUGUUUGACCUGAACAGUCUGAGACGGGACGGCGGUUACACGGUGUACGACCACGACGUGCACGGCAGGAUGUUCCGCGUCAACAUUUGCGCAGACGUGGCCAACGCCGGCUGUAGCCCCGGAACCGCGGUGUGCAUUAAAGACGUGACGACCGCGCUGAGCGGCGGCCAGACCAGCGACAAGCUCUUGUACAAGGAUCAAGUUGUGGAGCUGACGUACCGGGGAGGAAGCCCGUGCCCCGCCGACCCCGCCCUCGAGCACAGCACCGUCAUCCACUUCAUCUGCAGACCGCCCGGCAUGAGCUCGGCCCGUGUGGAGCCCGUCCUCAUUGACUCCAACGCGGACACCUGCACACACUUGUUUGCCUUCCACACUCACCUGGUGUGCGAGCAGCCUGUCUCAUGUUCGGUCCAGAACGGCUCCGCCACGAUCGACCUGACUCCCCUGAUCCACGCCACCGGAUACUACACGGCAACAGACGACGCGGUGGAGCAAGACGACGACGACUCUCCGGACUUUUACAUCAACAUCUGUCAGCCUCUGAACCCCAUCCCCGGCGUCACCUGCCCACCUGGAGCCAGCGUCUGUAUGGACCCAGACAACGGAGACCCAAUUGACAUCGGGCGGACGACGAGCGGCCCUCACAUCAGCGCCGCGGGCGACGUGUCCAUGACCUACGCCAGCUCCACCCAGUGUGCGUCUGACCCGGCGCAGAACUACACCUCCACCAUCAUCUUCACCUGCCAGCGAGGCGUGGAUCUGGGCUCCCCGCGCAUGCUGAGGCUGCAGGACUGCGUGUACAUUUUCGAAUGGGCGACGCCUGUGGUGUGCUCGGCCGCCUCCCACACUAGCGGAUGCCAGCUGGCCGACGCUCAGCUGCAGUACACCUUCGACUUGUCGCCGUUGACGGGCCAAGUGCAGGUCCCGCUGGGCACCUCCGACAACUACCUCAUCAACGUGUGCAGCUCGGUGUCGGAGCCCCGCUGCAAGGGCGCCGCCGUUUGCCGAGUGUCGGGCUCGGCCGAAUCGGCGGCGUCGUUCGGCAUCGGCAAGGCCAUGACCAUGGACUUCAAGCACGACGAGCAGGCUGUGCUGAUGCAGUAUGGCGGCGGGGAUCCGUGCCCGCCCGUGACGCACGAGGGCGAGGCGUGCGUGUUCCCCUUCGCGUUCAUGAAACGCUCGUACACCGAAUGCACCACAGACGAGAGGACCGACGGCAGGAAGUGGUGCGCCACCACCGCCAACUAUGACGAGGACAAGAAAUGGGGUUUCUGCCAGCCAGCAUCUGCCAAGCGCCAGUCUUCCAUACUGUUUACCUGCGACCCGGCUGCGGGCUACGGCUCCCCGCAGCUGCUGUCGGAAACGGCGGGCUGCUCGGCCACCUUCCUGUGGCGGACGAGCGCCGCGUGCACCCCGCAGAAGAUGCCGUGCGAGCUGGUCAGCCGGCAUCGAACCUUCGACCUGCGCGCGCUCUCCUCCCUCACCGAGCCGUGGAAGUUCAACCACCGCGGCGACUCAUAUUUCGUCAACCUGUGUCAGGGGAUUCACAAAGGAUUUCCGGGUUGUCCCGAGGGGGCCGCUGUGUGUCGGCGCUCGGCGGACGGAAGCACGCGGACGCUGGGCCGCCUCCACACUCAGAAGAUGAGCUCCGAGGACGGCAAGAUUUUUGUCAACUAUUCGGCUGGCGACGCCUCCUGCGGUAACGGCGUGGCGGCAAAGACGGAGAUCCGGCUGAGCUGCGGCACCACCGUCGGACACCCGGCCAUCAUCAACGUGGACAAAACGGCCUGCCUGUUCGUUAUCGGCUGGGAGACCCGCUCGGCGUGUGCCGUCAAGCAGCGGGAGGUGGAGAUGGUCAACGGGACCUUUCGGAACCCCGACACCGGCGCCCGCCUCAGUCUGGGAGAGCUUUACUUCAGUCACCACCAAGCCUCCGGAGACAUCCGCUCCAACGGGGACCGCUACAUCUACCACAUCCAGCUGUCCGGGCUCACCAACAGCUCCCUGCCCACCUGUGUGGGUGCCAACAUCUGCCAGGUCAAACUCAACGGACCGUACAGGCGGCGCAUUGGCUCCUCCAGCAAGGCUAAAUAUUACAUCAAAGGUGGCAACCUGGACGUGAUGGUGCCGUCAGAGUCGGCGUGCGGGCGCGAGCGUACCAAAACGGUGUCGUCCACCAUCAUGUUCCAGUGCAACCCGUCGGCCGGCGAGGGCAUCCCCGAGUUCAUGCUGGAGACGGCCGAGUGCCAGUAUCUGUUUGUGUGGCACACCGACGCCGUGUGUGGCCUCACGACUGUGGACGCGGAGACGCGAGACGGAGACAGCGACGACGACGGCGGCGGCGUUCCGACUCGUUCCGGGAGGAGUCAGGUGGCGGCCAUGCUGCUGAGCCUCCUGUUGGCGGGAUUGAGCGUUUGUCUACUGGCACUGCUGAUGCGUAAGCGAGAGAGAAGAGAAAUUGUGCUUCAGAAGGUGGCUGGCUGCUGCAGGAGAGGCAACCAGGUCUCCUACAAAUAUUCCAAGGUCAACAUGGAUGAAGAUGCGGGCGAGGACGAGAUGGAGUGGCUGAUGGAAGAAAUGGAGGCUCCCGCCACGGCCGCCUCGUCUUUGUCCUUCUCCGCAUCCCAGCGGGGCCGCGGUAACCUCAGCAACGGCCACAUCAAGACCAAGCCGGUCAACACGGACGGCCUGCGCUCCUUCUCGUUGGACGAGCAGGACAACGACAGCGAGGACGAGGUGCUCAGCGUCCCCGGAGUGCGCGUGGUCAAGUCGUCGUCCGCCCAUCGUAGCGUCUUCCUGCGGGAGGAGAGCGACGAGGACCUGGUGGGCCUCCUGGACGAGCCCGAACGGAAGCGGAAGAGCGGCCGAGCCCGCUCGGCGGGCGGCCGCCGCAAUAACAACGCGGCACCUAAGCCCAAGCGGGAGGACGACGACAGCGACGAGGACCUCCUGCGGGUGUAAAUCGCCCUCCAGAACUGCUCUCUCUCUCUUUUUCUCAGUGAAUGUCGCCAUAGCAACGCCCUCAGCAUUACUGACACUUCCACCACCCCUCUGCCACCAUCUUGUUAUUUCUUGAUUGCUCCUUUAUUUACAGUGUUUCUCACAGUUGCUCUGGAAGCGAUCAAGAUGGUCCAGUUCGUCCCCCGUGUCGCCGUUUGCCGUGUUUGUCCAAAAUGGUGUUCUUUUGAUUGCAGCCGUGCCAUUUCUUUAGCACUUUAUCUCAAAACGAGCGUCUCUUGGCAGAUUGUUUAAGACGAAGGUCCACGCGGCGACCAAAACGGCGAAGUCAAUCGGCGACCAACUCCGGCCGAGGGGGCGCGGGCAGCGAAGGUCAGUCGUCGUGCGGCUUUAAAGGGAACGAAGAUGCUCGGGUGUCGUAUUGUUUACACUCACAGCAAAAAGCAAGUCUUUUCUCCCCCUGAAAAGAGAGAGUGAGGCCUUUUUUUUAAAAAAAAAAAAAAAAAAAGCUUGAUUGAUUGUUCUCUUAUUUUCACUCUCUACAUAGAUGAUCAUUUGUUUGUUUGAGUUUUUAUGAUUAUUUAAGCGAAUGGAUGUUUUGAGAGUGCCGACGUGAGUGCGUUUGUCGCGUCAAAGCCAUAUUUCUGCACAUGCUGUCGUUGCUAUUUUUCGUGGCGAUUGAGUCAUUCCUUCGCCAAUCGCAUGUCAGUAGUCAAAUCUGCAUUUGUCACGUAUUUUGGGUGAAAUUGCAAGUAAAAUUAUGAAUAAUGCGUUAUGUGUUGAGGGCUGACUGAAGAGAAAACGGCUAGUCGCAGUAGUCGAAGACCGAACCAACAAACGAUAUGAAAGCCGCGUUCACAGGGUGUUAUCUGAAAACUGCCGCAUCAGAGGCGUAACAGGAGAGCCGACGUUUCGGACAGAACUCGCCGAAGAGUAGCAAAUGUGCAUUCACGCAGCCGUCGGGGCUUGCCCAAUUUCGAUAAUGACUUGGUGGAGAAAUAUAAACACAACCUUUGUGCCCCUGCUAAUCAAGACUCCUUCACUUGAGCAAAAAUCAUUUUGUCACCUUAGAAAAGACUAAGAAAAAUGUUUUAAGUUCGUCAGCAUUUAAGAAGGCACAAAACGUAAGCGUGUUGCUGAAGCUCAAUGAAGUUUUUAUUUAAUUUUUUUCCAAGCAGUAUUUAUUUAAGCCGUAUCAUUUUGAGAAAUAAAUUCUGUAUUAUCGUCAAAGCGCUGACGAAGUUGGCACAGUGCUGACUGGCCCGGUAUGUGAAUGUUUUUUUGUUUUUUUUUCUUUCUUCUUUUUCUCCAGUAGUUUCAAAAGCUUUGUUGUUGUUGUUGUGGGGAUUUGCACGUACGCUACUUUGUUUUCUGAGAUUUUCUAAAAGAGGACUAAUAAUGGUGGUGCACUGGAGAAAAGCACAAAAAAUGAGGUGUGAUCAUCAUUAUCAUCAUCAUCAUCCUGCUUUUGUUGUCUCAUGUUUGUGCCCGUUUUUUGGUAUUUAAAAGAACCUCCAUGUACCGUCGUCUCUUUAUUUGAAUAAAUACCUUAUGAAUGAUGA